CAUUGAAUUAUCAAACGUCAGAAGAAGCUAUAUACUUCUUGUUGCCAGUAUUUAAUAUUUUGAAAUGAAAUUUAUUUACUAGAAUUCUGUUUGCAUAAAAUGACGACUUCCGAGCAAAUAGGCCUAAAUAAAACAUGGGAGCUUUCCCUAUACGAAUUACAUCGUACACCUCAAGAAGCCAUCACCGACAAUACAGAAAUAGCAGUGAGUCCAAGAAGUCUUCAUAGUGAACUAAUGUGCCCAAUUUGUUUGGAUAUGUUGAAAAAAACAAUGACUACUAAAGAAUGUCUUCACAGAUUUUGCUCUGAUUGUAUUAUCACUGCUUUACGAUCUGGAAAUAAAGAGUGCCCGACUUGUCGUAAAAAAUUGGUAUCUAAGAGAUCCCUCCGACCUGAUCCAAACUUUGAUUUAUUAAUAUCGAAAAUUUAUCCAAGCCGAGACGAAUAUGAAGCUCAUCAAGAGAGAGUUUUAGCUAAAUUGAAUAAAAGUCAUUCUCGUGAAGCUUUAAUGCAGUCAAUUAAGGAGGGGAUUAAAAUACAAUCACAGAAUAGGCCAAACAGGGGAAGAAAAAAUAAUGAAAACCCAACUGGUCAAGAAAAUGUAGAUGACAAUAAUACGAAUGUUCCAAAUCCUCCAGAAACUGCACCUCCAGCAGUGGCUCCAGUACCCUCAGUAACUCCAACACAACCAACAACUAAUAAUACAACUAUUCCAACAAAUGCUUCAAACUCUGCAAAUGCACCAAGUCCAUCGCCAUCUGGAAGAAGCACUCCUUCACAACCGCCCAGUCCAGUAUCAUCUAGUGUUAGCUCAAUAAGCAAAUCAUUAGGGAAGCGCCCGAAGAGUGUGUUGACUUCUGAGAGAAGUGAAGAAAGUGAAUCCAGUGAGAGAACAGAACAAACUGAUACUGAAGGUGAAGGACCUUCCGAACCUAUGACACUCAAUGAAAUUGAACUUGUUUUUAAACCCCACCCCACUGAAAUGUCUGGAGAUAAUCCACUAGUAAAGGCACUCAAGGAAAAUUCUAUCAGAUAUAUAAAAACAACAGCAAAUGCAACUGUAGAUCACCUACACAAAUACCUGGCAAUGCGUCUUACACUCGACUUAGAUUCGCAGUUAUCAACUACUCACAAUUUACUUAAUUUCUGCAUUUACAUAUCUCCUACAACUGGUCAGUAUGUACAGUUAAAUGGCAAUCAAACACUUGGUCAGGUGAAUGAUAAAUAUUGGAAAGUAAAUAAACCUCUGGAGAUGUUCUAUUCUUGGAAGAAAACAUAGGGAAUGCGUAAGGGGCCAAAGAAGGCUCCCUAAAUGGGCGAGCGAGUAUUUUUAGCAAGAGCUGAAGAAAUGGAAAGAUAUGUGUGUUUUAAAUGUAUCAUAUUAGAUUAAGAUUAGGUAUGAAUGUGUCUUGCAUAAAUCUCUUUUCUUUGUAUAAAUAUAAUUUUAUAAAAACCAUAA